UUUCGUCCGAGCUCAGUAGAGUUUUGCUGUUAAGACUGCGCGAGGAGCUAGAGAGAGCGGAGCCCGCGGAGCCGGGCCGCACCCGCCGAGCCGUGUGAGUAACCUCUACCUCCGUCCUUCUCGCCGCCCUCUCGGGGACCAGCACCCUCGCUCCUCAGGGUGGUCGGGAGGGAGCACACGCACCCGGGCGCUCACGAGAGGGCGGGGACUGUGUACACACGUGUCACACCUGACCAGAGAAGCAUCUCCAGGGACACCGGCGGCCGAGCCCCGCGCACGCCCUUGAGCACCUGAGCUCCAGGGCGUCCCCUCGGACUCAAGGAGAAAAAACACACCCCGAGGCACACGUGGACACCUAGGUACCCACACGGGGACCUCUGCAGAUUUGCUCAGCUGAGCCCUUGGGCACAUGGGCACCCGAACACCAGGAAGAGCCUGGUAUGCUCCGGUCUCCUGACAGCGAUCCAGGACACCUGCCACUCGGGCUUGCUCCUCCUUCCUGCCCAGAUGGGCGGGAAACUGACGCUGCUCCGUGUGACCUGAGCGGUCCCUGGCUUGAUACUGAUGGACAUUGUGUGGGCCAGAGGCAGGGAUGGUUGGCUAUGACCCCAAACCAGAUGGCAGGAAUAACACCAAGUUCCAGGUGGCAGUGGCUGGGUCUGUGUCUGGACUUGUCACUCGGGCGCUGAUCAGUCCCUUCGACGUCAUCAAGAUCCGUUUCCAGCUUCAGCAUGAGCGCCUGUCUCGCAGUGACCCCAACGCAAAGUACCAUGGCAUCCUCCAGGCCUCUAGGCAGAUUCUGCAGGAGGAGGGGCCGACAGCUUUCUGGAAAGGACACGUCCCAGCUCAGAUUCUCUCCAUAGGCUAUGGAGCUGUCCAAUUCUUGUCAUUUGAAAUGCUGACGGAGCUGGUCCACAGAGGCAGCGUGUACGAUGCCCGGGAAUUCUCAGUGCACUUUGUAUGUGGUGGCCUGGCUGCCUGUAUGGCCACCCUCACUGUGCACCCCGUGGAUGUUCUGCGCACCCGCUUUGCAGCUCAGGGUGAGCCCAAGGUCUAUAAUACGCUGCGCCACGCCGUGGGGACCAUGUAUAGGAGCGAAGGCCCCCAGGUUUUCUACAAAGGCUUGGCCCCCACCUUGAUCGCCAUCUUCCCCUACGCCGGGCUGCAGUUCUCUUGCUACAGCUCCUUGAAGCACCUGUACAAGUGGGCCGUACCAGCCGAAGGAAAGAAAAAUGAGAACCUCCAAAACCUGCUUUGUGGCAGUGGAGCUGGUGUCAUCAGCAAGACCCUGACAUAUCCGCUGGACCUCUUCAAGAAGCGGCUACAGGUUGGAGGGUUUGAGCACGCCAGAGCUGCCUUUGGCCAGGUGCGGAGAUACAAGGGCCUCAUGGACUGUGCCAAGCAGGUGCUGCAAAAGGAAGGCGCCCUGGGCUUCUUCAAGGGCCUGUCCCCCAGCUUGCUGAAGGCUGCCCUCUCCACAGGCUUCAUGUUCUUCUCGUAUGAAUUCUUCUGUAAUGUCUUCCACUGCAUGAAUAGGACAGCCAGCCAGCGCUGAGCGCAGGAAGGACCCCAGGUCUUCCCUGGAGGCAGCCUCCUGAAGGAAGGAAGAUUCAGUCUCCACUGAGAGGUGCCGUCUGGCCCUUCCCUGCAGGUCAGCUGCCCCGAGCGGGGUGGCAGCCUUGAACCCACCCAGCUGGGACACCACCAGAAGGUCCAGGGCUCUCCCCAUGAGAGAAUCAGAGGGAAUGCAGGACGUGGUCUAUGGUGAGCCAACGACACAGUGAGAAGGAGCAGGAAGUUGCUGUUUCUCCUCUGACCAGCCCACACUCCAAAGGAAACAGACGCCAUCCUACACCUGUCAGCCCUGCCUGCCAGGAGAACAGAACACACUCCUGGUCUGGAUGGGGCUGCUGCUUGAGUGCAGAGGGCUGCGGUAGGCCCUUUGCAGGAGUCAGGUGCCUACACUUGGCCUGUUUUUCCCAACCUAUUUAAUAGACAUUAAAGCUAAACACACAUUCCUUAUUUUA